AAUUACUGACAGGGAUCGGAAAGUCUUCUUUCGUUUUGAUAGGCGAAGACUCUUCACCGAAAGUGACCACCGUGAUUUGGAACUACAUUUAAAGGCAUUUUUCUUGAGUGUGGAGUGAGACAAUAGCAUACCGUAGCUACAUUUACUUCACCUCAAGAAUAGCUUUUCUCUCGAGCUGCACUUCCGCGUCGACUUUGUUGUGGAAAUACACUAAGGUCACAUUACAGUUGACUUGUCAGCGUCUCCGGUUCGACUUUCUUCAGCUUGUAAAGACGUCGUCUAUGAGGUGUGAAGUGGACUUAUGAUGGAUGCAACUCCCCUCUGAUCCCGCCGAUUCGAUUCAAAGUCCGUCUGCCGUUCCCACCAUGUCAAAGGUCUCUGUUCCUCUGGAAGUCCUGGAGGAGAUCUUCUUGAAUCUUCCCCCUCAGCAGGUGGUCCAGAUUUGUCGGUUAGUGUGCCGUCAAUGGAAAGACAUUGCUGACAGCCAGUCUUUAUGGAGAGACCGAUGCAGGAGAGAAGGUCAUCACCUGCGCAAUGCUUCCGAGGUACCCAAGGACUGGAGGUUGUUUUACUUCUUGUGCAAGAAGAGACGAAAUCUUCUCAAGAACCCGUGGGCAGAAGAUCAAAUGAGAGGUUGGCAGAUUUUGGAGAACAACGGUGACCGAUGGAAAGUAGAGGGUGUCAUGGUGGCACAUCCAAAUGAAACCAUCAAGAACAGCUUUGUGACUUCAUAUGGCAUGUGCAGGAAGUCCCAGCUGAUUGAUUUGGAGUCGGAAGGUUACAAGGCAUCAUUUAUGGAUCACUUACAGCCAGACAUCAAAAUAUCUGAUUGGUAUGCCCCUCGAUGGGACUGUGGCUGUCAAUACAAAAUCCACGUGGAGCUGCUGAAUCAAAGGAAGAAGCCAAUUCAGAUCUUUUCUCCCGAGGAGAUUUAUUUUGAGCAGUGGAAUGACGGUAAAUGGAAUCAGAUAACACACGUGUUCCAGAACUAUGGGCCAGGAGUGCGAUACAUUCGCUUUAUCCACGGAGGCAAGGACACGCAGUUCUGGGCUGGAUGGUACGGCAUUCGCCUUACGGACAGUUGCGUUGAGAUAUGUCCUGCGAUUGACACAUAGUCUUGGUUUUCGCUUCAUGUGAUGUGUGUCAGAAAGAUUCCAGGACUGGCGUCACGAAAUAUAUUUCAAAUCUGGACUAUUCCCCUCGGAAGUAAUCCCCCUGCAUUUUCCCAGCCUUCUCUGAAACGCCUUCAUGCACUCCUGGAAUGAUUCUUCCGGGAUCUGCCGCAGCGCCAUCGUCACGUCAGCCACAUCUUUAAAACGGGUCCCCUUGAUGAUCCCCUGAGGUUGGGAAAGGUGGGGCAAAGUCACAUGAACCCAGGUUGAGUGAGGUUGCUCCUGAACGGCAAUGUUUUAGUCAUGACACCAGUCCUGGAACCUUUCUGACACACCUCGUUUAUGCCUCCUGCCUGCCAUUUGCGUAAUAUUGCACAAAUUCUGCAAAUAUCACAAUGUCACUUUGGGAACAUCUUUUACCACUAGGAAAUCCUAUGGUAUUUUGGCUGGCAUCAAGCCAAAGAGAGAAGACGUAAAGCUUAAUAUUUAAUUCAUUGAAGUGACUUAACAUAUACAGUGGUGCCUUAAGAUACAAGUGACCCAACUUUUUUUUUUUUGCUUCGACUUGCAAGUGCAAACUCGAGAUACGAGCGCCGUAUGGCAGCAGUGACCUGACCUCACUUCACAGCAAGCAGCAGUUUGGCAGAUAGUGAAAAAUUUAAAAAAAACUUUGCCAUUCCCACUUAAUUUAAUGGCAUACUCAUGGGCGUAUAUUCUUUAUCUUCUGCGAAGUUACUAAUACUGCAGCUUCUGAGUUGACCGUCUCCAUGUACAUUGUACUUGUAUACAUGUAUAUCCGUAUGGUUGUAUUAUGCUGUUCCCAAGUAGCCACACCAGAAGCAGCACAAUCACAGUGAAUUAAUCAUAAUGCACAAACUGAUUAUUUAUAUUCUAUUUGAUUAGUUCUAUGUUUUAUAAAGUAUAAUAUUAUAGUUAGUUUCUUUAUUUAAAAAAAACACUACAAACAUUUGUUUAGGUUUUUUUUGGAGGCUAAAAUGGAUUAAUAGCAUUCACAUUCAUUUUAAUAGGAAAAGAUGAUUGGAGAUGAGUAUUUUGAGUUACAAGCUGCACGAUAGUCGCAGAAUGAAUUCAACUCUUAUCUCAGGGCACCACUGUAUUACAGUUUGAUGGAAGGCUAACAUAUUAGUCACUCUGACUAGCCCACGACGCAAACUGCAAAAUAUAUUUGGACUUUGUUUCAAGCCAGUUGUCUUCAAACAUUGUCUGACAUGACAGUUUUUGUUUUAAUCUGGAUGCUUUGACUUUAUGGAUUUUUUUCUUAUUUGUUAUGACCCAUGAUGGCUUCUGUGAACAGAUACAUGGCAAUAACCCGCAUCAGCAAGUUCUGUUGUAAAGACAAAGGCAUCUGUUUGCGUGGAAGGCAGUUAAUUAGUAAAUACUGUUGACAAAGACAUGUUGAUGUACAAAGCUACGACCUUUACAUGUACACUACAUCCUUCUGAUUAUCCCAAUACCAAAGUCCUUGUUUUGACGGGCUUUCUUCCUCCAGUCGUAUUCUACAGCAGCCAAAGUUUAGACCCAACACUAUACGUGUAAUUUAAAACAAAAUGGAAUUAACUGUGUGGAACGCUGCAAAUACUUAAGAUUUAUUUAUUUAUUUUACUUGAAGAAGUGAUUUUAUUUUAUUGCUCACCCAAAAGUAUAGAAUGUACAAUCCUUGUCUUGCCACCAGCCAUUAUCCUCAGUAUUUAGCAGUUAUAAACUGCGUAUUGUAUUCCAAACAUUAGCUUACUUUUCAGACUGAUCCAACUUGUAUAUGUAUGUGAUGAAUGUGUAAUAAACACAUUGCACUGUG